UGAGGUUGUCGAACAGGUAGCAUCAGACGAAGAUUCGAAACAACCAUACGAGUAUUGUGAUGACUCCUAUUAUUGUAUCGGAAGGUGAAAGAAAAGUAGGGAGAAAAAGUUACCUGGGGCUUUUUAGAUAUUUAUCUACCUGCUAUCUCGCGUAUAUGUUUAUAAUGCCCUAAAAGACAGUAGCAGCCGCGGGUGUGUCUGGUAAACAUUUCAACACUACAUAAAGAUUUAUAUUAUCGGGUGAAGAAAAAUUACGGUAAUCUUCAUUGACGUAGAUACUUUUGUAUCGUAUAUAGAUCAGUCUAGACAAUUCCUCUACUGCAAUCAACAACAAGAAAUUGGCUAUAACGAGGUAAACACGUAAAGAGUUGCCCUUAGCCUGACCUUUAGACUUUGUGUUUUCUGAUAACAAAUGACUUUCAUCCUCGGGUUUCUCGAAGAUUUCCGGAUAUUGUUUUAGUGUAUACUGAGCGGCAAGUACGACGAGUGCAUCAUCUGAAGACAUUUCGGAAAAAUGGUGAACAACAGUUCGAUUUUUUUGCAGACCAUCAUGUUUAUCAUGAAUCAAAGCAAUUUUCAGGAUACUACAUCUUACAAUUAUUAUUAUUUGGAUAUUGGAAAAGCACCGAAUGCAACGAAAUGCUAUGGUAUAUAUGGAUGCUUCGAGUUAGGUGAGCCCUGGACUACAAAACACAGGCCUGUAUCUUAUUUUCCAAACGAUUUAGAAGAGAUAGAACCGAAAUUUUUACUUUACACAAGGCACAGACCAAAUAGACCCUUUGUACUUGAUCUAAAUGAAGAUGAUAUAAUAGGUUCUGCCCCCAUGAACCCAAAAAAACCCUUAUACGUCAUUUGCCAUGGAUUUUUGGAAGGAGGUGGUCAGUCAUGGAUCAAAGAAAUGACUAGAGAACUUUUGCACAUGGAAGACUGUUCCAUUAUAGUAGUGGAUUGGCAUGGUGGCUCUAGUCCCCCUUAUACUCAAGCAGUUGCUAAUAUCCGUCUUCUAGGAGUAAUAACAGCUCAUAUGGUAGCCGAAGUAGCAAGUUACACUCAAGGGUUACAUCAUGUGCACUGCAUCGGUCACUCACUUGGUGCCCAUUUAUGUGGAUAUGUUGGCUAUACUUUGCAAAAGGAGUUCAACCUAGUUUUGGAGAGGAUCACAGGUUUGGAUCCAGCCGAGCCCCAUUUUGCUAAAUCCACUGCACCGGUGAGACUAGAUAGAUCAGCUGCAAGAUACGUUGAUGUAGUACACAGUGAUGCUAGUAAAUUCCUUCUGGGAGGUUUUGGGAUAGUUGAACCAAUUGGACACGUUGAUUACUACCCGAAUGGUGGUAGUGAUCAGCCAGGAUGCAACAUGAAAGCCUAUCAGCGAUAUCUGACUCAAGAAGAUCAGAGUAUAUUUAAAGGUGUAAGAAAAUACAUAGGAUGUAAUCACGUGAAGAGUUAUGAAUUCUUUAUUGAAAGUAUAAACCCUAAAUGUUCCUGGUAUACUAUGGCUUGUUCUUCUUUCGAAGACUUUCAAGAUGGCAAAUGCUUUGAAUGUGGCGAGCAUAAUAGGAAUUGUCUGAAGUUUGGAUAUCAUGGAAGACGGCAUUAUCUUCAACUAAUCGCUAAAGGCGCUAUCAAGAAAAAUGAUAAUUUAACCCAAUACCUUAUGACUGGCCCUGAUAGGCCUUAUUGCCGUGCUCACUAUAGGAUAACCGUAACUAUAUCAAAAUCUGAAAAAAGUAAGCUACAUAGAGGAGAAGUGGGCCAACUAGUUCUCACGAUGCACAGCACUUCUGAUGCUAAGGGACAUAAAUCAACACCAGUAGCCUUCAAAGGAGGGUAUCAUGAACCUGGAAAGACAUACACCGGAGUUAUUGCAACGGAUGAGGUUAAACAUUUGAAAGCUGUCGAGGUUGAAUGGAGAUAUAACAGCAGUUUAUUUAACCCCCUAACGUGGAGAAUUUUAGCAUCACCUAGAAUAUACUUGAAAAAUAUUACAGUAGAAUCUUUGGAGAUAGGAAGACGCAUUGUAGUAUGUCCCAAAGCUGAUGUUCCGUUGAUUAGUGGAUUUCCUCAAUUUUUGAUACCAUCCUACUGUUAACAAUUCACUACAUUGAUUGUGACCAGUUUAAUAUGCUAAUACUGCUUUGAACGUCUGUGAUAUUAUUUGUACUUAGUCAUAAGUUAUUUAUUAAUAAAUAAUUAAUAUUCAA